GGAAUGACCGUUAUUGACUGCACACAUCCAUCGCUCGCCCUGGUUUCGUUGCCGUCUGAAGAGCAAUACGUCACCCUGAGCUACGUAUGGGGGUUCUCAAGACACCGAAGUAGAGUCCGCCAGAAAUGGCCAACUUCCGUCGAAAUUACCGCAGACCAUCAAAGACUCCAUUACGGUUUGUUCCGCACUUGGGUUUCGCUUCCUUUGGAUCGAUCGCUACUGCAUUCCGCAGACCAACGAGCAAGUCAAAUCAAGGCUUAUCGCUUGCAUGGAUAAAAUCCACAGCUGCUCUUCACUCACAUUGAUUGCGUGCGUCGGAAGUGAUCCGCAUCACGGUCUCACAGGCAUUAGUCUCCCACGUGCAAAUAUACCGUGUAUACGUGGUUACCAGCUCAUUCCGUCGCAGCACGAUAUUAAAUCCAGUAUAUGGGCAUCUAGAGGAUGGACAUUGCAAGAAGCUCUGCUAUCGCGUCGACUUCUGUACUUCACCGACCGCCAAGUGGUUUUCGAGAGCAAGAAUUUCGUUGAGAGUGAGCUCACCGAUGGAUCGGAUGUAGACUUCAGUUCUUACUUCGACUGCAUUUUCUCGUUUGAACGCUUCUUGACAUCUAGACUUGGACCACUCGUUUUCAUCAAAGAAUACUCCACGCGGAAACUAGCAAGACCCGAGAGCGAUUGAUUGAGGGCCCUAUACGGCAUCUUCUCCGUUUACGAAAGAUCGGGUGUACGACAUCUAUGGGGCCUCCCUUACAAGCACUUUCUCAACGAUAGCACCUGGUUUUUGAUCCAUCUACAUCUUGCGUCUAGCAGAGAAGAAGGUCAAAAUACAUAUGAAAGCCAAGCUAAGUAGAAGUAAAACAAGUGAGCGUGGUAUGCCAAAGAGUAAAUCUAAUCAAAAUGACCCAAACAGAUCA